CCCUGCGGGUCCGGCCGCAGGAGGAGGAGGGAGCGGCUGCACGAGACGCUCAAGGAUGAAGGACAGGCGUGUUUGUUUACCCCGCGAGAUGGUUUUAUACCGGGCAUAAACUCUUUAUCACCAUCAUCAGCAUCCGCAUCCUCCUCUGUGUGACUCAUCGUGAUGUGAGGAAGAGGAGGAGAUAGUGGAGGAGGUGAUGUGAGCGCGCGCCAUGGCCGAGACGGACACAGCGGACAGCAGCUCGGAGCCUUCGUGCCUCCUUGCGCCCCAGGCGGUCCCGAGCGCGUCGCCGCUUGCGCUCACCGCAUUCGAGGACUCGGAAUGUAAGAUCUGCUACAACUACUUCGACCUGGAUCGGCGCGCGCCCAAGCUGCUGGAGUGCCUGCACACCUUCUGUGCGGAGUGCCUGCACGCGCUGCACCUGCGGGAGGAGCGGCCGUGGCGCGUUACGUGCCCCGUAUGCCGCCACCGCACGCGCGUGCCGGACUGUCGCAUUCGUGCGCUGCCCUGCAACACCAAGGCGGCCGCGCGCUUCCCGCUGUGCGCGCGCGCCGACCCGCUGCCCCAGGACGCGCUGCCGCCGCACCCUCCGCCGCUGCACCCGGCGCUCGCGGCCCUGCGGCGCGGGGACGAGCCCGGCGCGGGAACGGGAACCACCGGGGCGAGCGCAUCGGUCACCGGCGCGGGAGCGAGCACUCCCUCCUCCGCCACCACGCUCUCGCGAGACUCGGUGUCUGUGUCUGUGUCCGUCGCGCGCCCCGGAUGCAGGAGGCUCGCGCUCGCCGCGGGAUGCGCGUGCGUCAUCUUCUCCUUUCUCGCCAUGCUCGUGCUGCUGUUCGUGGGGCUUGUGUUCGUGCACGGACACGCUUCGGGAGGGGGAGGGGCUGGGGGAGGGGCAUCACCGUCGUCCUCUACGGCUACGACGACGUCAUCAUCAACGUCAUCGUCCGCCGGUCCGGUGUGUCUGUCCGUCGCGAGCGUGCUCGCCAUGGUGGCCGUGGUGGUCACGUGGCUCCUGUGCUGGCUCAAGUACCGGCCAGAGCGUGAGACCGGAGCGGGGCGAGCCUCCGCCACGAGCACCGGGAGCCGGCGGAGCGCGUGAAGAAGCGGAGGAUCAAAUGGAUCGGAGCGCAAAAACUGCGGACUGUGUGCUGGGACUCGAGCUUACAUCUUACAGAACUGAUGUGAUUUUGGUGUGUGUGUGUGUAUGGUAGUGUGUGUGUUGAUGUAUGUGUGUGUGUGUCGGUGUGUGUGUUGAUGUAUGUGUGUGUUGGUAUGUGUGCUCAACUGGCCUUUUUUAUUCAGUGUAUGAGUGUGUGCACACUUGAAGGGGAAUUCCACCUAAUUUUCUAAAUUAAGAGUCAAGUUUAGUGAAAAAAUUGCGUUCGUUCCAUAUAAACUGGGUGCUCGGAUUUUGGCGGAUUGCUAUUUUAACGGCACAGCUACUAGCAGAGAGAACUGACUUGCUCGUACAUGCUGUGAAUGUGCGCCUGCAGCUCAUUUACGGGAACAGCAAUGUUAUUUUAUUUAGUAUUCUGUUUAUUGUUGAUGUAAAAGUUGGCGGCACGUGUGUUUAACUAAUAUAGCAAUGAACAACCUGCAUGUAUCUCUUUGCUCCUUUAUGACAUGCAGUAAAAAAAAAAAUCUCUGAACUGCUCAGUAAAACAGUGUUAACACCUCAGACGUUUGUAAACAGUUCUGAUCUGGCAAUGGAGCAUUUAAAAUCUAAACCCUUAAAUUCAAAAUUUAGUGUUUAUUUUGUAACUGUUAAAAUUAGUAGGAAAUUUGAUAGUCGGUGGACUUUCCCUUUAAGUCACUAUUGCUGAAUUACCUUUUACAGUGUUUUUUGGACCCAGCAUACAGCUGAUGUGUACUUCCAUAUGUGUGUUUGUGUGUGUGGGGGUGUGUGUGUGUUUGUUUGUGUCCUGCACUGUGCAUUAUUACCAUGUGCUUCUCUGAGACUGGAACUGUUGUAAUGAAGCUGCUGAGUGUUUGGUGGAGCAUUAGCUUUAUUCUGACAUCACACCCCAUGCUCCUCCUCCUCAGCGCUAUACAGAACUGCGGAGCUAAAGAGCCGCUUCACCGCCGACAAUCUGCACACACACACUAUACACGCACAAUACACACACACACUAUACACCCAUAGCUGUUCAUGUAAAGUAUUAACCAUUGUCACUCAUGCAGUUCCUAAGCCCCACCCCCAGAGCCAAACAGACUUUGUCCUAACAAAACUUCAAAUCUCUGAAACAGUAUUAUUUUGGGUAAAGCUGGGCUAAUGGGUGGAGCUCAACUGCUGUAGACUGAAUGGUUGGAGCUAAACUGCUGUAGACUGAAUGGGUGGAGCUAAACUGCUGUAGGCUGAAUGAAUGGAUGGAAAAUGCUGUAAACCGAAUAGGUGGAGUUAAAAUGCUGUAGGCCGAAUGGAUGGAGCUUAAAAUGCUGUAGGCCGAAUGAUUGGAGCUAAAAUGCUGUAGGCUGAAUGGGUGGAGCUAAAACACUGUAGGCUGAAUGGGUGGAGCUUAACUGCUGUAAGAUGAAUGGGUGGAGCUAAACGGCUGUAGACUGAAUGGUUGGAGCUAAAUGACUGGAGGCUGAAUGGAUGGGGCUAAACUGCUGUAGGCUGAAUGGGUGGAGAGAAACAGCUGUAGGCUAAAUGGGUUGAGAUUAACAGCUCUAGGCUAAAUGGGUGGAGCUAAACUGCUGUAGGCUAAAUGUGUGGAGCUAAGCUGCUGUAGGUUGAAUGGGUGGAGCUUAAAUUCUGUAGGCUGAAUGGGUUGAGCUAAAUGGCUCUAUGCUGAAUGGGUGGAGCUAAACUGCUGUAGGCUGAAUGGAUGGAGCUAAAAUGCUGUAGGCUGAAUGGAUGAAGCUAAACUGCCGUAGCUAACUACUUUCUUGCUAGUUGGUAGGAAGCUAGAUAAGCCAAAUGGUUACCAGCAAGCUGGCUGAGUCUGUCAGCGAAAAGACGCCUAAAUAAAUGUUAUUCCGUUGGCAAGUCUGUAAAUUUGCCCAAUCCUCUUUGAAAUUAACAGACUUUCCAACGGUAUAGGAUUUACUACCAACAAGCAACAAAAAAAAUGAUCUACCAAACAAAUUUCCUUAUUUUCUGUGUUAUAUUAUUUAUUACCAGGUAUCUGGUUGUUAUCAGCAAGCUUGAUAAGUCUUUAGCUGCUAGAUAGUUUUCUUAAGUCCAGUCUCAGAUCCACUGUUCUGCUAUUUCUAUCCCACUGUUUUGCUACUUGUAUGGACUGUGGAUGGAUGGGUGGGUGGGUGGAUGAAUGAAUGAAUGAAUGGAUAAAUGGAUGGGUGGGUGGUUUUGUGGAUGGAUGGGUGGGUGGAUGGAUGUGUGGGUGGGUGGAUGGAUGUGUGGAUGGAUGGAUAAGUGGAUGGAUGGAUGGGUGGGUGGAUGAAUGAAUGAAUUAAUUAAUUAAUUAAUGAAUGGAUAAAUGGAUGGGUGGGUGGUUUUGUGGAUGGGUGGGUGGAUGGAUGGAUGGAUGGAUGGGUGGGUGCUCUCUACUGCCGUUCGUGUUGUACAGAGGCAGCUAUAGGCUAAAUGUGCUGCACAUGCCGUACGAGUAGAUUAAGCAGUGAUUCUAUUAUUCUGUGAUUCCAGGGUGAGGCUGUAAAACCUGAGUUAAUACUUUAGACAGAUAAUCGAUAUUACUGACAUUUAAGUAGCACUUUGCAUUCCUACACUAAUCAACUGACCGAUAAACCAAUCACAAACGUCGGUCUGAGCCAGUGGUCACCAAGGCUGUGGUGGAAAUCUCCCUCUGUUCAAUGUUCUGUACAUCGACGUAUCAGAAGCAAUAAUGUAGCAUGCUAAUACAUACAGAGCAUACACUUCUUAUUAUGUUCCAAUUAGGUGUUGGAGCUGUAAAUACAUCACAGUUUUGAGAAAAACACUAUGAAAAUCGCUAUUACACUUACGCUAUUUCAAAACAUCUCCAAAGAUCAGUUUACUAAAGACUUUGUGAAGUUUAUUACAUCUGGUUUGAUAUAAUCCUUAUCUAGAUCAUUUACAGUAUUUUAGAUUUAUGGAGAAUCUGACAUAUGUAGCUUUUUAUAUUCCUGGUUAGCAUUGUUAGCGAUACCAGAUAAUACAGCAUUUAACACAGACAUCCUGAAAACACGUCCACAGAUAGAAGUUGGACAGUUCUGUGCAUAUGACUGAUUUAAUGAUACAGAAUUAGACAGAAAUGAUACAAACCUGCAUGGUGUUGAUAUUGGUGAGGCUUUGAGAAGGAAAUAAAAUUUGUGGCAACAUUCCAGUUACAUUUUCAAUAAGGGUCACAUUAACUCUACUUACCACAGUAAUAAAUAUUGUUAUAUGGUAAGUAUGAAUAAAUAUUAAUUGACACUAGUUAAGGCAUUAUUAAACAUGACUAAAUCUUAAUGCAUUAUUUUGUAAAUAAUACUAAAUUGAUUAGUUUAAAAAUGUUAUUAAUAAAGUCUUAAAUGGUGUUAGUUAAUAAUUAGUUGUAACAUGCUGUGUUGAGAACGGUUAAUUUACCCUCAUUGUGAAAUGUAACCUAAUUUGUGUAAUCAAAACUUAUAUAAUAAUUUCAUACAUGCAAGUUUAAAUAGAACACAGUAUGAGUACACAGUAACCCUGCUAAUAUUUCAUUAAUCCUUUAAGCUCUAAUGUACCAAAUAUUGACCCACUUUUGAAUGAGUGCUUCUGAGGAUGUUCUGAAGAAGGUCAGCACUUUCUCUUGGCACAGCGAUGCCUAAACAUUCUGUACUGAGGUCCAAAAUAUGAUGGUUGUGGUGGGGUACGUAUCUCCAGGUGUUCAUGUUGCGUCCAUUACUUACAAUAGAAUAGGACUCUCUGAAGCAGGCUUGGGCUAGAGGAAUGGUGGGUCUCCGUCCAGUACUAUUGGAUGUGACAAAUUGGGGAGUUAGAGAUGAGGUGGUGUGGUAAUCAUUUAACAUCCUGAGCUUACUAAUGCUCUUGUCGUUGGAUUGCUAUUUUAACGGUGCAGCCAGCUGGAAGUGUCCAACGCUUCUUAGCAGAGGAAACUGACCUGCUUGUUCACGCUGAGAAGGUGCUUCAUCAGCUCAUUCACAGGUACAGCAAUGUUAUUUUAUUUAGCAUUCUGUUUAUUGUUGACUGUUGACAUAUGUCUAGGUUGACAUCAGUCAGUGGAGCACCUGUGUUUUCCAUUACCAAGAUAGCAAUACAGCAGAAAUGUACCUGAACACACCUCAGUUCGAGACCACCGUGCCCAUCAGCGCAUAUAUAUUUACAAGCACUGUUGCUAUUGAAACCAUAUAGUAAGAAGAAGUGAAAAUAGACAAUUUGUGGGGGUGUAAGAUAGCAAUAAGCAUCGAGAUGUGCCUUACACAUCCUAAGACACUCCAGUAAAAGCAUGAUAAACUCGUUUUUAAUGCCCUUGACUUAAACAGGUGUUCCAAAAACGUCCCUAUAGUGCAUGGUAAAAACAUUCAAUUUACAUUUACAUUUACAUUCCACAUCUACUGUGUGGUGUCAAGGAACAUUAAGCAUUUAGUGUCAUUUUGUUACUAAAAGUACUUAAGAAAAGAACUGAAUGUAAAUUUUAAUAGCUUAUUAAUUGCACUUUACACAGUAUGUAGCGCACUAGCUGAAAUUGGCCCAUGCUAAUUAGUGCUAGUGUUAUAGAUUCUGUAGUAUCUGCAAGGUCCGUGUUUUGGACGCUAAUUUUGCUGUGGAACUUCAUUAGCACUUUGCUUUUAAGCAACAUUAACACACUCUAAGGUGUGAUUUGCAAAUUAGUGCACUAAUCUUGUGAGCAGGGUGCAGUUUCAGAGGAGAAUAUGGUCGAUUGUUGAACUCUGCAGGCCAGUAGAUAUGCAGGAUGAGAGUUGGUGACCACUGGCCUCAUAAAAGUCAGCAUUAAUUCUGAUUAAAAGCCAGACUAGACUGUAUUCAUUAUUCAUUAUUUUGAUGUGUUUAAUUUUAAAAAAGGGAAAUGCUGAAGAAAAUAAUGUAUUGAUUCUGAUUCCUCACGUUUCUAAUUAAAUAUCUAGAAAACAGUGAUAUUAAGCUACACUGGGACUUCAUGUGAAAAUCAGAAAAGCCUGUUCCAGCUGUUCAGGUCACUCCAGAAGUCUAAAGAAGUCAUUUUGGAUUCUGUGAUUGGUAUCCCGAUUGAUCUUUGACACCAGAUUUAAUCAAUCAGUCAUGACAUGUUCUGUUCAUGUUCUGAUUAAGCUUAUUUGGUUUACAGUAAGAGAGGCUAGGCUAAUGUUGCUGGGCUAACGCUGGGCUUAUACUGCCGACAAUCUCAUCAAUGGAAAACCCCAAAUUUUUUUGUCUCUCAAUGACUUUUAUUAUCUGUUAAAGUUUUAGUGUACAGGGUUUGUUUGUAGCCACAUGGUGCUCUUGACUGUGCUAGGUAACAUUUCUUGGAAACAUCAGGUUCUGUCUUAGUAAUUUAGCAGUGAAAAACAGUGGGGUUUUUUUCAGAUUUUCAGAUUACAGCUCACACAGUGAUUUCCUGAAAUAAUUAUUUAGAAUUGGCUUUGUUAUCCCACCUCCAGCGAAAUCACAGAUUUUGAUUGGUUCUUCUUUUGUGUUUGUUGACUCGUUGUUGUCCCACCCCCAGGGAAAACAGAUUCUAAUUGGUUCUAGUGCAGAAUUUGGCUUCAUGUCCCUUACAGUCUUGUUGCAUUAAAAAUGGCUGUCGCAUUUGACGCUUUUGUCGCAUUUGCACACACAGUUACUCUUCUUUUCCACUACAGAGCCAAUCGUUUCAGAGCAUGGAAGCUCACUAUUCCUAUUGCUUAUAAAAAUGGAGAUGUUCAGCAUGAAAUGCCUUCUAACUGGAUUGUGCCUGGUUUUCUCUUUACUCAGGGAACCAUUCGCAUUCAGUGGAAAGAAACAGUCUCUCCAAAACAGCCACUUUACAGGAAAGAUAUAAGACCUUCAAUGGAACCUUUCAAUGGAAAUCAAUUUAAAGAGUUUAUUUCAGGUAAUUUUGGAGUUUCUAUUGGUCUGUUGAUCAAGAAAUCAAGAAGUAUUGGUACAGUGUAACUGGCAGAGUGUUUUCAAAUUAUGUGAUAAACUGAAAAUCAACAAAAAAGGAGAUUUUUUGUUUUUCAUUGGACAGCAACAAUAUGGCACUUCUGAUUGGCUAAAAAUGUGUGUCACGUUUGUGUCACAAGAUUUAGGUCUUUAAACAGUAUUUCCAGUGCAGAAAACGGCAGUUACUGGUCUAACAGGUCAACCCCAGUGGGAUACGGUAAGACACGCCUGCAGUGGAAAAGAGACUGUAUUGUCUAUCUGGAAGGAUUGAGGUGUUAUCCACUAUGCUACACCAUCUACCACAUUCUGAGAUCCCAGGGCAAACUUAAUGAGAGCAUAAUGAAUCAAAAAUGAACUGGUGGGAAUGGGCUUCCAGUAAUCUGUGGGUUUUUAAGACACCAGUGUUAACUCAUUUGGGGUUAAACCGGAUUAAAGGAUGGAUUAUGGACGGUUCUGUACUGCUAGAACCUGAAACAAAGGCCUGUAGGUAAUCAGAAAGCGAGAGAAAUCAGAACCGAUAAGACUGACAUGCAUUUAAACUAUGCUAAACACAAAAAUCCCCACUAAACUGCUUGAAUAUAUAUUUGCAUUAAAGAUGGCACUCACAGAAUGAAGAAACUGAUGCUAAUGAUCACAAUUUCAACUGUCUGGCCUUUUAAGUCUUCACACACUUAUCUAAUUCAUAAAGACUCUGCAACACUCAUUCACUCACACACAUUCACACACUGACCCAAACACAACCCCUAGAACGUCGAGGUCCAUUGCCGUGGGACUGAUACCCUGUAGAGCUGAUGGUCGGCUGGGGCACAUAUCCUCUCUAUACUCUUGCCUUACUGUUCCUGUAGAUUAACCUGUGUGUGUCGGUUCUGUUUCUAUACAUCAACCCUCUUUCAGUAGACAAUUAAAAAUUACUGGAGUUAC